CACACACACACACACACACACACACACACAAACGCACUGAUAUCCCUUCCACAUGCAUCCAAAUAGAACCCACUACACUACCUGCAUCCCCCUUCUAUCAGAAAAUGUCAGUUACAAAUAACGAGUUGUGCAAAAGUGCAACCCGUGACAAACAACCACCGUCCUCCUGCUGCUGACGGAUUCCGAGCUCCGUGUCGGUGCUGAGCGCCGCUGCGCUCUCGCCACCAGCAGGUGGAGGCAGCGGCUCGUCUGAGGAGUGAUGCGUUCACACACUGUGAGUGAUGCGUUCACGGCACACAAGGGCCACUCCCCAUUUAUCAGAGAGACCUGCGCCACUCGUGUCGUUUCCACCGUGGAACUUCUAAUCCUGCUAAGUGUUCCGUUUGGUUUUUAUGGCAGUUUAAUUAUGGCAUAAAUUGCUAUCUAAAGAUCCUUAUUUAAUUAAAGUGGGGCUUUGUACUGAUCAGGGGUUCUUGCACAUUUUUUUUUCAUUGUCCUCUGUGAGAAAAGCAAAAAAAGUAGAUUAAGGUGUUGACUCCACUUUGUCCUUUCGAAGAGACAUUUCUGUUGCUGUGAUAAAUCAAACUCGGCUGCAGCUGCACACAUGACACGUUCCAAUACUUUCAGCAACUCUAACUCAUAUAAUGUGAAUGUUUGCAGAUUAUUUAGGGUCAAAUGACUUGAUGGUUGUUGUGCAGGUCAACACGUGAUCAUGCUUUGUGACGCAGGUCAACGGCCCCAUUUCACCAGGAAUUAGACUGGACCUUAGACCUAUAGCUUAUAGGUGAACUUUCCUAAAAAGUUGUGAGAUACCUCAAACCUCCCCUCCCUUCCUGUUUCCCUUCAACAUCCCCCCACCUCACUGCUGACAGUGGGCUUGGCACGAAAAAAAACCUUCUCGUUUGUCUGCUUAAAUGGUUUAAAAUUUGUUCUUAGGGCAGGGAGUUGUCAGACCUCUUGGCAAGAAAGAAGCAUGAAUCAGGAAUUAGACUGGACCUUAGACCUAUAGCUGAGGUAAACUUGAGUUCCUAAAAAGUGGGAGAUACCUCAAACCUUCCCUCCCUUCCUGUUUCCCUUCAGCAUCCCCCACCUCACCCCCUCCUCUACCUCCCACACGCCCAAAAGGUCACCCACAUGCAUCUGGUUAACUCUCUUAUUCCUUUCUGCGGGAUAAGAGCUAUAACUGUAAGGAUAUUAAGGAUAAUUGGUCCGUCAAAAGACACAAUAAGACACAGAUACAAACCUUCUGAAAAAAAACAACUCCCCAAGCUCUGGAAAACAGAGCUGUUCUCAGAUGUCAUUCCAGUUUGACCCCUACACGAAUGUUUUGGAAGGAUAUCUUCCGUGCAAACAGCAGUGUGAGGAACCGUGCUGGAGGAAAACAGAAAGUUGCUCGGAUGUUGCUUGCUGGUGACCUAUUGUGACCCCUAUACAUCAGGCCUCAUGACAACUCUGGUGACAGGGGAGUGAACUGUGGAGGAGAAGUUCAGGGGAGUUGAGUCGUGAGCACAUGUGAAUCCGUUUGAUUCACUCGUCCUGCUCUGCCAAUAAGGCUGCUGGUUUGGAUGUGGCCCAGAGUGGAUGUGAGGUUAUACCGCUGUGAAAUUGGCGUGUGUGCGUGUGUGUGUGUGUGUGUGUGUGUGUGUGUGUGUGUGUCUUUAGGACUUUAGGAGUUCUAUCAGCCAAAUAGUCCCAAAUUGCUGCAUUCUUUUUUUUUUAAAUCUCCCUCAUCAAUUUGAAAAUGUCCUUCAAAUCCUCAUCAAGGAUUAACCAUAUUCAUAUUCGAGUUUGUCUUUUUAGGGCAAAGGAAAAUGGACACUUGAAUCAAACAAGAUGUGAACUGAUAUCACGAUGUUAAACAUUCACCAACAAUUUUGAGAUUUUUUUAGACAUCCAUUAUGCUUUUGGUAUCAUUCCCAUUUUUUCUUUUUUUCAGAGGCAAAAAAACCCAAUAACCAUUUCAGUGCCCCCCCCCCCUCCCCUUGAAUUUAUCAGAUAUUUCAUAAGCACAAUGUCGACGUGAAAAGCAGUUUGAUUUGUGUGCCCAUAACGCGUCUGAAGUAUCUGUCAAAUCUUCCCAUGAAUCCUGGGGGCUCAAUAAAUAAAACUGUAAUAUAAAAACCUGCUUUGUUUCCGACACACACACACAUUCAGACACACACACACACACACACACACACACAGACACUUGGCUCGACGCUGUACAUGCUUUCCAGAAGAUCCACACUACACAACUUCAAUGCAUCCCUGUAUAUUUUUUUUUCUCCCACUGGCAGAAUAUGACGUGAUAUAUGACAUAAUGCAGCGUUAAUAACAGAAGCAACCUGCCACAUGAAAACGUUCCAUCAUGUCACCAAAUGCCACUUUAAAGUAUUAGCCUAGUCUCUGUAUAAAUAAUCAUUAACAUGCUGAAUUAAAGAACCAUUUAUGUUCGACACUGAUGAACAAAAACAGACGCACAUUUUGUGAUUAUUCAUUUGUUUUUUAUUUCUUUAAGUCCGCAUUUCCUCUACACUUACCAUGAAUAGAAAAAUAAUUCCACACCAGCCCAGUACAAUAAUAAUUAGAAUGGUAAUUGAGUUUUUUUUCCUUCUUUUUUGUCCGUCGGUGGUCGCACGUUUGGCCUGCUUUGCCUCCCAGAUGUCUCUUGUUGUUUCAGAACAGACGGGAAACGUGCCGCUGCUGCUCUCAGCUCCUCCAGACACCGUCCUCUUGUUAAAAAAAAAAUUAAAUAAAAUAAGCCGCAAAAUGUGGCUUUGUGUCUGUAAAAGACGAAAAUCUAAAUCAAAAAAUGUGUUUGCAAUACGAAACGUGGAAUAUGUCCGAGCAGCCUCAGCAUGUAGUGUUUAUAGGUUCUUGUAAAUCAAACAACGCUGUGGAGGAUAAUUUACUUUGCAGAAGGCUCUUUGUUCUCCCGCUGUCACUGUCCCGGUACACCUGUGUCGCCCUGGCAGGUAAAUAUUAUUUAUAUGAACGACAAUUUAUGUGCAUAUUUGAAAUGAGAAAGAAAAAGAAGUGACGUAUAACGUGGCUAGUUUGGAUCAUAAUUUGCUGAAAUAACUGUAAAUGCUUGACAGUACGGAUCUCUACUAAACCCGAAUACAAAUCCUCACAUUAAUUCGUGGCCCCCCUAACAGAAUGACUCAUAUUAUUUAACAUGCCGAUUAUUUUACAGCAUUUUCUUCUGGCCAGGUUAUAUUGUAUUUUUCCCCUCACGCGAUUUGCCUUAUAUUCAAAGCAUAUUUUCGAAUACAAAUUGUUAGUUGCAGUCAUAUUCUAAUUAUAAGAAUAUAUAUAUUCUUUUCACAUGUUAAAGCAGAAUUAUGGGAGAAAGGGGAAACAGGCCGGAGAAGGACUUCGUCCACGGGGAAUCUGACGGAGAGAAAGCGGGGACACGAAGGAGGAGAUGAAUUACGAAUUUGGGCGAGAGAGCGGUUUCAUCAACAGCCAGCCGUCGCUCGCUGAGUGCCUGACAUCUCUCACUAACCCUGUCGGUGAUGCAUUUCGAAGUUCAUCAAUCAAGAGCCCGGCGCUUUCACGCUCGACACUGAUUCCGCCUCCCUUCGAGCAGACCAUCCCCGGCCUGGGCGCGGGCGUCCACCCACGGCACAGCCGCUCGAAGCAGGCUCCCAGAGGCUGCAGCCCGCCGCAGACCGCGUCCCUGCCCCCGGAGUACCCCUGGAUGAAGGAGAAGAAAAGCAUCAAGAGGAGCCAGGCUGCUGCUGCUGCUGCUGCUGCUGCAUCUUCUUCUUCCUCCUCAGACUCUGCUGCUGCUGCCACGGCGGAUGACUCCUCACCACUCUACUUCUCACCCCAAGGUUCACCAGAGGAACCGGAGGUGGUUGUCGGUGCGGGCGGCGCCGCGUCCAGGAGGCUGAGGACUGCCUACACCAACACGCAGCUGCUGGAGCUGGAGAAGGAGUUCCACUUCAACAAGUACCUGUGCAGACCGAGGCGAGUGGAAAUAGCGACCUUGCUGGAUUUAACGGAGAAGCAGGUGAAAGUGUGGUUUCAGAACAGGAGGAUGAAACACAAGAGGCAGACCCACCGCAAGGAGAACCGGGACAGCGAGGGGAAGUACGCGUGUGUGGACGACGGGCCGGAGGACGAGGACGAGGGCGCGCAGGCGGCGGAGGGGGGCAGCGCGGCCGGGACGCUGCUGGAGCGGGAGAGGUAUUUCCCCCAAAAUACCUUGACUUCACAACAGUGUCAGAACGGGAACAAUGGGGAGAGCCCGCAGCCGCCUGUCGUGGCUUUGAACAGUAACGAGAAAAAUCUGAAACAUUUUCCGAACCCGGCACCCACUGUUCCCAUCUGCGUGUCAACAAUGGGCCUGGACAAUGACGGUUCCCCGGGCCUGGACGUCUCUUUGCAGGAUUUCCAAGUUUUCUCCUCCUCCUCCUCCUUCUCGCCGACUCUGUCGGAUUCCACGCACAGUCCCUUGCCCCUGUCGUGCGAAACGUUUGACCUUUUCUCUGAAACACUCACAACAAUCGACCUGCAAAACUUGAGUUACUGAAAUGUGCGCCAGAAUAUGUUUUAACAUUUCUCCCGCGACGCCUGAGUCAUUGUCAGUGUAGCUUUCGAGGUAAGUUAGAGCAAACAAAACACAGAGCUACUAUGUUGCCGACAUGGUGUGAGAGAGGACAGUUCACAUUUAUUUUUAUAUGGAUUUCGACUAAUAACUGAGCAGACUAUUUUUUCCUUGAAAUAAAACUUCACGUUGAGUGGAA